CUGGGGGGUCCGCCCCUCUAGCAGGAUGGAACGCGCCUGUCGCCCUCAGCCCUGAGCCCAGGAUGAAAGAGUGGUGGAUUCAGGUGGGGCUGCUGAGCGUACCCCUCCUUGCUGUCUACCUGCACAUCCCUCCGCCUAAGCUGUCCCCAGCCCUUCACUCAUGGAGGGUGUCAGGAAGAUAUUUCACAUACAAGACCCAAAACAUCUUUUAUAGAGAUUCAUCAGGUGCACUCGGCAGUUCAGAUAUUGUGGUUCUAUUACACGGCUUCCCAACCUCCAGCUACGAUUGGUACAAGAUUUGGGAAGGGCUGACCCAGCGAUUUCACAGAGUGAUCGCUCUGGAUUUUGUAGGAUUCGGUUUUAGUGACAAGCCUAGGCCCCAUCGCUAUUCCAUUUUUGAGCAGGCCAACAUCGUUGAGGGGCUGCUGGGGCACCUGGGUCUCCGAAAUCAGAGGAUCAACCUCCUGUCUCAUGACUAUGGAGACACAGUUGCACAGGAACUGCUCCACAGGUAUGAACACAAUAAAACUGGAUGUGUCCUGAUCAACAGCCUCUGUUUAUCCAAUGGAGGUAUUUUCCCAGAAACUCAUUACCCCCGGUUCAUUCAGAAGAUUCUCAAGGAUGGUGGCCUACUGUCCCCCAUCAUCACUCGGCUAAUGAACUACUACUUCUUCUCCAGAGGACUUGGUGCAGUCUUUGGUCCGUAUACGCAGCCUUCAGCUGCGGAAUACUGGGACAUGUGGACAGCAAUCCGGACAAAUGAUGGAAACCUUGUUGUUGACAGUAUUUUACAGUAUAUAAAUCAAAGAAAGAAGCACAGAGACCGUUGGGUUGGGGCUCUGACAUCCACCUCUGUUCCAUUGCAUCUAAUCUAUGGGCCCUUGGAUCCUGUGAAUCCAUAUCCAGAGUUUCUUCAGCUCUACAGGAAAGUGCUUCCUAUGUCUACUGUCUCUGUUCUGGAUGACCACAUUAGCCACUAUCCACAGCUUGAAGAUCCUAUGGGCUUCCUGAAUGCAUAUUUGAACUUCAUCAACUCCUUCUGAGCACCAAGGUGGUCUUUCCCUCUCAUGCUUUGGCUCGGUAGUGUCUACUGUAUAAGCCAGGGUGCUUCCAUUUCCAGACCUGACACUUCACUUUCCUGUUCUGUGCAGAGUGAUCUUUGGGUAUGUUAGACUGCUGCAUACGCGUAAGGAAUUGAACCUUUGAACACUGGGAAGGAUUAACCUAAAGGGAGGCAUGAAAGACAAAGGGAAGUUACGGGGCUACUGAUAGGAAGUCAGCCCAAGGCCAGAACUACUAGGCCGGAGGGCACAGUUGGGAACUAGCAGUAAAGGAGAGGUGGGUCACUGCUAAUCAUGCUAUUCCAAGACUCCUUCCCUGUCCUUGUGGCCAGGAGAAGCCCAGCCUAUCCCAGGAAGCCAGUACCUCAUUUGCAACCACAUGCCAUGUAAAUCUCUCUCUCCUCUGAAAGUGCAUUUAACUGAGCUACUGUCUAGACAAGUUGUAAAAUGGGAAAAUACCUACAUUAUAAAGAUGUGAACUAGUAAUUAGUUGUCAGGCCUUGUUACCUAAUUGUUCAUUUGAAGGGCUUGUCUACACAUUGACUUUGCUGCUCUAGUUAGGACAGCAAAAUCCCUGUGGUGUGAGUGCUCAGUUUGGUAGAACUGUCUACAGAAAGGCUUUUACUGGCACAGCAUCUCCCCUGACUAACCCUGUUGUACCAGUAAAAUGUAAGCGUGGAACAGUCCUAAAAGGCAAGUUUCCUUCACCACCUAACCUCUAUUAGUACUCAACUCCAUAAUGCAAUAACAAGGUGCAAAUUUAACUGCAUUGUAGCCUCACCAGCGUGUCUUGGAAGAGAUGUGCUCUACUUUACAUACAGUGCAGAAUCAGCCUCAAGCAUAAAGUCAAGAGGGUUCUUUACUUGAAGUGUUAUUUUCAGAAGCUGUGUAUACUACACAAUUUAUAACAGUCCUAAGACUGCCAAUAUUAAAGCAAUAACUACCCUUUAUAAUUCCCUAUGGUUUUAGGUAUAAAAAAACCGGAAGUACUGGCUCUGUUGCAUACAGAGGCUUUAUGUGACCUCAUACUAUGGAAAGUAAGUCUCUUUCCUAAAGAGUUGCAAGUCCUCCCCUUAAGAGGGACCCUAUUUAACUCAGUUUUAGGCUAAAGGGUCAGAAAGAAGGUUCAGACCUGAAGUCAUGUCAUACUUCUAAACUUUAGUUAUUUGUUCCAACAUUGAGGUUGUAUGGCUUUCACACAGCACCAGAGGCAGAAACAUUACAAAAUUGAUUGUAAAGCCAUGUUGGCAGGGGACUGAGAACCACUGCUUUUUGCAACUGACCAGAUUUCUAGUUUCUAGCAUCCCAUCAAGAGGAAAGGUUUCCAAUAUGGGCUGCUUGUGCUGUACCAAACAGAUUUAUCAGUGGUCACCCCAGCUGGCAGAGUUAUUCUCCCAGGUGAUCAACAAUACUGUAAUAUGAGUUGCUAUGGCAAAACUUUUAAAGAUUCUAUUUUAUUAGCAACAGUUCAACAACUUGAAACUGGAAUGUUCAAUGUUUAUUUUCUGUUAAUAAAAAUCUGUUUUGACAAAA